GUUCUCCCCAAAUAGUAGAACUUUCAGCAGUUGUGCGAACCUUUGAAAUUUUCAGUGGUGAACCAAUUAACAUAAUUUCAGAUUCGGCCUAUGUUGUGGGUGUGGUCAAAAGGAUUGAAAAUUCGUAUUUAAAAGAUGUGACGAAUCAGAAUUUAUUCAAGUUGUUAACUAAAUUAUUGUUUCUUGUAGAAAGAAGAGAAUUUGAAUAUUACAUCGUCCACACCCGAUCACACACCACUCUACCCGGUCCUGUGGCGGAGGGAAACCAACUUGCCGACCAUCUGGCAGGUAUGGCUGUAACCCCCAAUUUAUAUCAACAGGCGAAACUUUCGCAUGAGUUUUUCCACCAGAAUGCGCGGUCGUUGCAAAAGCAAUUUGGCUUAAAAUUGUCCCAAGCAAAAGAAAUUCUAAAAGCGUGCUCUGAUUGCCAAACGUUUACACCUGUUGUUCCAGAAGGAACUAACCCAAGGGGUUUGUCACCCUUAGAAAUCUGGCAAUCAGAUGUCACUCAUGUGGCUGAAUUUGGCAAACUAAAAUAUGUGCAUGUGUCUAUUGACACAUUCUCUAGAAUGAUCAUAGCCACCGCGCAUCCUGGAGAAAGGAGUAGCCAUGUCAAAAAACACUUCCUGUCCGCUUUCGCAAGGAUGGGAGUUCCCAAACAGAUAAAAACAGAUAAUGGGCCCUCCUAUGUGUCUGCGGACACGAAGAAGUUUUUUGAACAAUGGGGGAUACAACAUAUCACCGGGAUCCCUCACAACCCCACAGGACAGGGUAUAGUGGAGCGUGCCCACCAAAAUGUAAAAAAUCUACUUAAGAAACAAAAAAGGGGGAGUAUUGGCCUGUCCCCCCAAGAAAGACUGGAAAAGGUAAUGUAUGUUUUAAAUUUUUUACAUAUGAUGGAGGAAACGGACACUCACCUAAACAAAAGUCCUGUAGAUCGCCAUUUUAGAACAGUUUCUCCAACUUUGUCAGAACAUAAAGCAAAAAUAAUGUACAAAGACCCAUUGACGGAGAAAUGGACGGGCCCUUUCCCCUUAAUCACCUGGGGAAAGGGCUACGCGUGUAUUGCAGGCUCCGAAGGACCAAAGUGGGUCCCCGCUCGGCGGAUUAAGAUCGCCCAAAGUUAAAGAAGAAGAACACGGAAAGAAGAUC